AUUGCUGCAUCACCUAAUAACUGAUUUAAUAAAUUUUUAAGUAAAAAUAACGUGUUGUCAGUGAUAGAAAUAAUUUUAUUUAUUUAAAAAUUUAAAUUUAAUUAAUUUUAUUUCAAGGAUUUCGGCUGCAACAUUUUGUAGUAAAGUAACUAAAUCAGAAUAAAAUCAACACCCCACUACAUUUAUUUAAUAAAUAUAUAUAAUAUUAUUUUAUCCCCACUAUUUUAAAUUUAGAUCAAAGGCGGCCGACACCACGCAACUCUGUUCUCUAGUUGUGUUAACUUUACUAACAUCCUGAUUGGCGUCUAACUAUAAAUUAAUAGAUUUAUUUUUUUUUAAUUUAUAAUAAUUCAUAAUUGUUUCAAAUUGUUUAUACAGCUAUUAGUUAAUAAAAUAAUUAACAAUGUCAAGUGAAAGUGUAAAAACGUUCGCUAGUCUUGAGACUCCAGGAUAUGUAGGCUUUGCUAAUUUGCCAAAUCAAGUCCACAGAAAAUCUGUGAAAAAGGGAUUUGAGUUUACACUAAUGGUUGUUGGUGAAUCAGGUCUAGGAAAAUCGACUUUGGUUAAUAGUCUUUUUUUAACUGAUUUAUAUCCUGAACGAACUAUACCGGAUGCUGUUGAAAAAUCUAAUCAAACAGUAAAGUUGGAUGCUUCGACGGUUGAAAUUGAAGAGCGAGGUGUUAAACUUAGAUUAACAGUAGUUGACACACCCGGAUAUGGAGAUGCCAUUGACAAUACAGAUAGUUUUAGAGCUAUUAUUCAGUAUAUUGAUGAUCAAUUUGAACGAUUUCUUCGGGAUGAAAGUGGUUUAAACCGAAGAAAUAUUGUUGAUAAUAGAAUACACUGUUGUUUUUAUUUUAUUUCACCAUUUGGUCAUGGAUUGAAACCUUUGGACAUUGAAUUUAUGAAACAACUUCACAACAAAGUUAACAUUGUACCAGUAAUUGCAAAAGCGGAUGUUCUUACAAAAAAAGAAGUUUUGCGUUUAAAGAAACGUGUAAUGGAAGAAAUUGAGGGUAAUGAAAUUAAAAUUUAUCCUUUACCAGAUUGUGAUAGUGAUGAAGAUGAAGAUUAUAAGGAACAAGUGAGACAAUUGAAAGAAGCAGUCCCAUUUGCGGUAUGUGGAGCCAAUACCAUGCUCGAAGUUAAAGGACGAAAAGUUCGUGGGCGAUUAUAUCCUUGGGGAGUUGUAGAAGUCGAAAAUCCUGAUCAUUGUGAUUUUAUAAAACUUCGGACAAUGCUUAUCACUCAUAUGCAAGAUUUACAAGAAGUUACUCAAGAAGUACAUUAUGAAAAUUAUCGAAGUGAAAGAUUAGCCAAAGGAGCACCUGUACCUCCUCGAAGACAAAUGGCUGUUGAACCUGUUGAAAAAACUGUUGUCUCAGAAAAAGAUCGUAUUUUACAAGAAAAAGAAGCGGAAUUACGACGAAUGCAAGAGAUGUUGGCUCAAAUGCAAGCACAAAUGCAACAACAACAGCCAUAAUAUUAAAUAUGAUGUUGAUUAACCCAAGAAACAGGUUUCUUUCGACAGGUGCCACCGAAAUAUUGUUAAGUUUAAAUUAAUAUUCAGGCACAAUAUAUAAUGGUAUUACUACUUGUUGUCAAUUUUUAUUUUCGCUAAUAAUGACAACAACGAAAUAUUUUUUCGAUGAGUCAUCAAUAAGCGGUGAGAAUAAAAUAAAAUAUAUAAUGCAGUAUUUUUUAAAUAUCAUUACGAUUUAAAAAAAAUCUGAAGUAAAUUUCCAUAUUUAAUAAUUACCAUUAGCGUUAAUCAAUAAAUCUAUUGAAACGGAUUGCUCAUUGACCUGUCAAAAUCACUUUUGUCGAGUGCCUUGCAGUCCUUAUAUUUAUUUGCAGUAGCGAUUAUAAAAAAUGUUUCUUAUUACAAUUAUACAACAUAUCGUCAAUUUUUUUUAUUUUCAUCAUCAUAAAUUCACGUCGAUUAAUUAAAUGUUUGAAAUUGAUUCUUAAAAAAAAAAAAUGAUAUUUUAAAAAAAUAUUUAAUUUUAAUUGUAAUUUAAUUUAGGUAAUCUGUAUUUAAAAUCCUAAGUGUCGAAUCUCUUUUUAUAUGUUUAUUGAGUCUGAUUUUUUGUGCAAUUUUUCAUGAUGCACAUUUUUACAUUGAUAAUUAUAAAGAAAUUAAAUAGUUGAAUUAAAUAAAGACCGUUUUAUAAAUUAAA